AUGACAAACAACACCACAAUGAUUAACCUCAACAGUAAGAGAGGGGGCAGAGAAGCAGCAAACAAAAUCAAAUUCGAUGAAGAAAAAUUUAAGGCCAUUAAAUAUGAAUUCAAGGGUACUCAGCAUUCAAUAGCAAAGCAGAUGGACGUGUCACAAACAACGAUAGGCAUUUGGCCAUUUAUUACACAGCCAGCAAAAAGAAGCUCAAAGAACAGGAAAAGGGGAGAGUUGGAAACAAAACCAAUACAAUCAAUCACAAAAGAGCACAUUAGAGCAAUGCUUAUCACUAAUGUGCUGCCAUCCAUAAGAGCAAAAUGGCCUGCAGGAUUGUCAAAGCAUAUUUACAUUCAACAAGACAAUGCCAAACCGCAUAUAGCACACAAUGACAGAGAAUUUUUAGAAGAGGCAAUGAAAGAUGGAUUUAAUAUACAAUUACUGCAACAACCUCCAAAUUCCCCUGACAUGAACGUGCUAGAUCUAGGUUUUUUUAGAUCAAUUCAAGCUUUGCAAUAUCAAAAAGCUGCUUACAAUGUAACAAAAUUACUUAGGGCUGUGAAUAAUGCAUUUCAGAAUCUAAGUCCACAAUGUUUAAGGUUUGUAUUCAUCACUUUACAAGCUUGUAUGAUAGAGGUCAUGAAAAGACAAGGGGGGUUUGACUAUCACAUUCCUCACAUGAACAAAACAAAGGCAGCAAGGGAAGGGACUUUACCAGAUUACCUGAGUAUUGACAAACAAUUGGUUGUUGAUUCACUUCAACAUUUAUUCACAAAGCUAAGUACAGAAAAAAUGAAUCAGCUUGUGGAACUGAUUGGCUAUGCAGGGGGGAUUGAUUAA